CAGGCCCAUACGAGGAGGGGAGAAGCUGGAUCUCCCACAGCCAAUGUUGCCGAGUCUGCCGAGGGAGCAGCUGAGGCCGCUUCCUCAUCAUCCUCUUCAUCAUCUUCAUCCUCCCCCUCCUCACCGGGCAUGGGAGCAACUCAGCCAGCUGUACGAAUCCCACCAUCCUCCCCAAGGACAUCCAGGCGUGACUCUCCCCGAGCACUCGCUCCGCCUCCAUAAUGGCGGCUACGCGGGCAGCGGCGGGGCCCCCCCUCCCCCGCAUCUCCCUGCCAGUAGGCCGAACCAACCGCUAAAGUUUGGGGGUCCUCAGGAGCAUCAUGCCCCCCGGGGGCCACCACUGCUGGGAGACGACAUGUGGGCUCAGGUGAAUCAGCAGCAGAGGGGACACAUUGGCAAGAUGCCCGGUAGUCAGCUGAAGAGACCGCGCCCUCAGCUCGGUGAACACUCUGUCAUCCAGCACACUCCGUCGCUUUCUGUGCACGCGCCCACCCGCUCGUCCACAGAGGAUUGGCCCAGCCCAAACAAGAGGAAAAAGAGUUCCGAUCAGGUCUCGCACCCUGGCCAGCAGCGCUUUCCUGGACCGGGCCAGGCUUUGAUAUCUCAGCCCCACCACCCCAAGCCAGCCUUCUGGAACCCCCUUCAGAAGGACAGCAGUAGCUGGCAGCCUCAGAGUUGUGAUCGCAAGAACCCGUCACCACCGGAGUUCCAAGGCCGAACCGAGGCCCACAAACAAGCACUAGGCAGCUACCCCCAAAAGACACCACCGGCCACGCCCUCUCCCUCCACCGCGUCGCCUCCCCUGAACUCGCCUGCGAGCUACAACCCAGGUGGCGGCGCGCCUCCUCUGCAGCGAGACUGCUUUCAACCUCAGGCUGUCAACCAGCAGUCCCCCCACUCUUCCUAUCGCGGCCCCCUUUCCAAACUGGGGCCAGCUCCUCCCUGCCAGGCCAUGGAGCCCCACAGCCAUAGAGGCCCUCUCAUUGCGGCGCCAGCCCCCGCCAGAGGGGACAGAGAUCAGCAUCGGCACGUCCAGUCUUCACCAGCAAAACCCCCAGCCAGCAGCAGCAGCAGCAGCAGCAGCAGUGUGCCUUACAGCCACUUUCAGCCUCACCCAGGACUAGGGCAGCGUGGCCCCCCUGCGCCUCCACCACCUCCGACCAGUGUCACCUCAGUACCUCAGCAGAGUGGGCCCUAUGACGUGUGGAGGUACCAGACUAGGCCCAGCAACCACCCCCUGGAUUCCGGCUUCUCCAGACCUCCAGAACUGAUACCUCAUCACCAGCAGAGCCACAAUCAGGGUCCAGACAGUCAGCAUCAACCCCACAUCAGCCCGCCCCCCGUCAUCUCUACUCGCACCCCUGUCAUCACCCCGAACCGUUCCUCCUGCUCCGUCAGUGGCUAUGGCAACCGCCAUGGCUCAGAUGGCGGUUGCCAGGUGAACGGCACCAAUAGGAACCAGCGGAGUGAGCCGGCGCCCCAAAGCUCCACCGGAGGUCCCCACAGAUGCCCCCCCGGCCCUCAGCCGAAUGCCAGCCAGUCUCGCCACGAGGUACGAGGAAGACCUCAAGAAAACGGACCCCUCAAGGCCGACAAGGCGAAGACCUCCUUCUAUCCUCAGGCUCAAGUGGCGCAGGUUCCCGCGUGUUCUACGUCGUCGUCUUUGUUCUCCUCAGGGCUCCCCAGGACGGGGGACAGCGUCAUUAUGAGCAGAGUGUCAAAGCCCGCUCCCAGUUCUCCUCCCGUGUACUUCCAAUCUUCCAGCCACCGGCAGGUGCCGACGCAGGCGUACUGUCAGCGGCAGAUUCACCCAGUUCCCGCUUCGGCCCCUCAGUCCAUCGUGGAGGCGCUGGACAAGCUCGAUGCGGAGCUCGAGGGCCACAUGCAAGCCGAGGAGAGGAGGAGGAAGGACAGAGAGGACGAAGAGCGGCGCAAGAGAGAGUCGGAGAUGAAGCAAAAGCACGAGGAGGAGAGGAAGAGGAGGGAGGAGCAAAAGAGGGAGGAGGAGAGGAAGAAGAGAGAGAUGGAGCAAAGGGAGGAGGAGGAGCGUCGGCGGAGGAGAGAGUGGGAGAUGCAGGAGCAAGAGAGGAAGAGGAGGGAAGUGGAGAUGCGGCAGGAGGAGGAAAGGAAGAAGAGGGAAUGGGAGAAGCAAGAGCGAGAGCGCAAGAGGAGAGAGUGGGAAAGGCAAGCGGAGGAGAAAAGGAGGCGAGAAGAGGAGGAGCGCCAGAGGAUGCUGAGAGAAAGGAAGGAAGAGGAGGAGAAGAAGAGGAGGGAGGAGGAACGCAUGCGGAAAAAGGCUCAAGAGCAGACCGCCAUGGAGAGUCUGGAAAGACUUCUGUGCGGCAACGCGGCCCCAGCCGCACGGCCCUCUCCGGCACCCGCACCCCCCGCCGCUCCUGCGGCCCCCGCCUCCUUGCGGGCCUCGCCUCCCUACCCGUGGCUGAGCCGCGGCGGCGCUUCGGUCCAGGGGGCUGUCAACGGUGCCCCCCUGGAAAGGUUGCGACCGCCUCCGCUCACGCCGCAGACGGACUACGCCCGCGAGAAGCAGAGGCAGCGGGAGAUGUGGGGGAGCCCCCCUCCGACACACAAUACCUCAGGGAUGAACCAGCAGCACCAGCCGCUCUACUCCGGCAAGCCCCCCGCCAUGCAGGCUGCGCCCAAACAGUCCAAAGACUCUCCGGCCGGCUCUCUGCCCGCGCUCCGAGAGCCCCCCAAGCUCUAUCAGGCGUUUCCCAGAGAGAACCCGCCGGCCCCCCCUCUGCCCGCGCCCGCCCUGCGCUCGGACAGCUCUCCCUUCGAGGAGGAGCCUUCGGAGUUGUCCACGCUGCUCCCCGACGGCCUCGCCAACAUCAUGGCCAUGCUGGAUGAAUCCAUCAAAAAGGAGGAGGAGAUGUACAGCGAGGGUCUCCUGGAAUCGUUUGCGCCCAGCGUCCCUCCCGUCAAGAAUUACCUUUGCGCCCCCGACCUGCUGCCGGCGCUCAAGCAUCAGGAAGACUUUGGGGCCGACCCCCACGCGAGCCCGCCCGUGCUCAGCCGCCAAGGCUCGCUGGCUUCCCCUUGCAGCCGCACUUCUUCUCUUCCCGACGAGGUGGAGGAAGAGGAAGAGGAGGAAGAUUACCUUGGAAGCUUUCCCCAAAACGCGGGUGCGGGAAACAGCACCUACCGCCACAGCGACCUGGCCAAACUUUACGGUCUUCCUGAGCAGGCGAAAAGCGAGGCGGAGGAGGAUGAGGAGGAUGAGGAUUCCGAGACCCCGUCAUGUUCCCCGCCGCCUCAAAGACCCCACCUCCACCAAACGGACGUCAACAGCACGUUCAAGUCUCGGGCCACGGGCAUGGAGAGCCAGAAGUACGCGUACCGAGGCGGACCUUUCGGGAGACCCCCGCCGUCGGCGCUGCUCGGCGUCAAAUAUUCCUCGUCGCUCUCGCUGGGACCCGAUAUUUGCCGGCAACAGCACGGCGGCUCGCCCACGUCUGAUUCCGCCAACGCUCCUUUCAGUCCAGCGGUACCUCCCUCAAAGUCCUCCCCCCCGCCCCCUCCGCUUGAAAGCGAGAAGUUGAAAGUGGAUCCCGCCGACGACAGCAUCGCAGUCGGGAGGACGGUCCGAAAGGAGACGGCGCCCACUGUGACGCUUUACCACGCCAUCAAGGAGGAGCAACGUUUGACGACCAUCUCCGAGUCAUCCCUGGCAGAGCUGACCGACGGCCGCCAGCUCGCUCUCUGCGGCGAACCGGACAAACCCGUGCGCCACGCCAAAGCCGAGGACGGGCACAAGCCGGACAGAGUGAAGGAGCACCGCGACAAGGAGCGACACAAGGACAGAGAGCGGGAGAAAGACAAGAAGAGGAAGCACGCUCACGGCCACAAGCAGGAAGACGCAAGAGAGAGGAAGAAGCACCGAGACAAGAGGGAGGAGACCAUCUUCUCCUCGUCUUCUUCGUCAUCUUCCGGCGGCAGCCACAGGCGGCACAAGGAGGGCAAAAGCCACAAGGACAAGAAGGACCGACGGAUCCUGUGCGACCUCAACCUCCAGAGCAAGGAGGGAAAGAGCCGCGGUCAUCAUGACUCCGAGAAAAAGAAACGCAAGGACGCGUCCGGCGCCGCCUCCGCCGGCGAGGGCGAGCACGCGGAGUGGAGGUCGAAGAAAAGCGGCGAUUCGGGCUCGUCGCUGGACUUGCUGAAGCUGAAGGCGCUGUCGGACGGGCCCCCCAAGGAGCUGAAAAUCCGACUGAUCAAAGUGGAGAGCGGCGACCGAGAGACCUUCAUCGCCUCCGAGGUGGAGGACAAGAGGAUCCCCCUGGGAGAGAUCAGCAUCAAGAACACGGCUGCGGAAAUAAUCCGAUCUUGCAAGGGGGCCAGAGUGAAAGGGAAGUUCAGGGAGUCCUUCUUGCUGCCGGCCUUCUCUGUCAAGCCAACCAUGACGUCGGAGGAGCCAAUUCCGAGGGAGAAACUCAACCCUCCCACGCCCAGCAUUUACUUGGAGAGCAAGAGGGACGCCUUCUCUCCAGUGCUGCUGCAGUUCUGCACAGACCCAAAGAAUCCCGUCACGGUCAUCCGAGGACUGGCUGGAUCUCUGCGGAUCAACUUGGGCCUGUUUUCCACCAAGUCUCUGGUGGAGGCCAACGCGGAGCAGGCGGUAGAGGUGAGGACUCAGGUCCAGCAGCCGGCAGACGAGAACUGGGACCCCAGCGGGACGGGUCAGACGUGGCCUUGUGAAAGCAGCCGUUCCCACACCACCAUCGCCAAGUACGCCCAGUACCAGGCGUCCAGCUUCCAGGAGAGCCUGCAGGAGGAGAAAGGCAGCGAUGAGGAGGAGGAGGAUGAGGACGACAAUGACGACGAAGAAGAAGAUGACAAGAAGCCGCCCAGCAACGCGGAAACCCCAACCAAGGACAACAACGCAAAAGAAAGUGGCAGUGGCGAUCAGAAGCCAGCGGGGAAGAUCAUUAAAUUUGGCACCAAUAUCGACCUGUCGGACCCCAAGAGGUGGAAACCGCAACUGCAAGAGCUCCAAAAGCUGCCUGCGUUCAUGCGUGUGGCAUCCAGUGGGAACAUGCUGAGCCACGUGGGACACACCAUCCUGGGGAUGAACACCGUCCAGCUCUACAUGAAGGUGCCGGGGAGCCGGACGCCGGGCCAUCAGGAGAACAACAACUUCUGCUCGGUGAACAUCAACAUCGGCCCCGGAGACUGCGAGUGGUUCUCUGUGCACGAGAACUACUGGCAGGCCAUCAACGACUUCUGUGAGAAGCACGGGGUGGACUACCUGACGGGCUCCUGGUGGCCCGUGUUGGAGGACCUCUACAACGCCAACAUCCCGGUGUACCGUUUCAUCCAGAGACCGGGAGACCUGGUGUGGAUCAACGCCGGGACCGUUCACUGGGUUCAGGCCGUGGGCUGGUGCAACAACAUCGCCUGGAACGUGGGACCCCUGAACGCUUACCAGUACCAGCUGGCCCUGGAAAGGUUUGAGUGGAACGAAGUGAAGAAGGUCAAGUCCAUCGUCCCCAUGAUUCACGUGUCGUGGAACGUGGCCCGCACGCUCAAGAUCACGGACCCAGACACCUACAAGAUGAUCAAGCACUGCCUGCUGCAGUCCAUGAAGCGCAUCCAGAUCCUGCGUGACCAGCUGGUGGCUCAGGGCAAGAAGAUCUCCUACCAGGGCCGAGUCAAGGACGAGCCUGCCUACUACUGCAACGAGUGUGACCUGGAGGUGUUCAAUUUGCUGUUUGUGACGAGCGAGAGCAGCAGCAGGAAGACGUACGUGGUCCACUGCGAAGACUGCGCCCGCGAGCGCACCCCCAACCUGAACAACGUGGUGGUGCUGGAGCAAUACUCCAUGGAGGAGCUCACCGGCACGUACGAUUCCUUCAGCCUGGCCUCCUCCUCCUCCUCCUCCUCCUCCUCUUCCACCUCCUCUUCCUCGUCCUCCUCCUCGUCACGGUGACAGGACUCCCUUCCUGCGUGUCGCCAGCCACAACCAAAACUCCUGCGAGUCAGGACAAAAGAAAAGAAAAGAAAAAAAAAACACUUUCAACGUUGAUUCUUGAAGGUAGUUGACUGGGUUUGUUGACUCCCUUUUACUGUUUACAGAUCAAGACGCAGCAGUUUAUGCCUCUCGGAUGGUGCUUUGUGAAAUGACUCGUUUUUUUUUUCUCUUUGUUGUCUUGAAUACUGAAUACAUUUGUAUAUGCUGUUUGGUUUUGAAAUUUAAAAAAAAUAAUAAUUUAUUGGUUUUCUUAAACUAGAUUCGCCUAGAUAUAUAUACCACAUUGGCCUUGUCACUUGUAUUUAGAAAAGAGGAAAUGGAAAAAAUACUAAUAAGAGAGAAUAUGGAGGGUUUUUUGUUUUGUUUUUUUGCGAAAGCAUUAAGAAUUUUGAAAUGUACAAUUGUUUGGAAUGCUUCAAGACAUACGGGUUUUCAGAUUUUUUUUUUUUGUUUUUAGGGCCGGGGUUCAUUUUAUCUUUGCGUGUGUUUUUUUAAAUUUUUUUUUUGAUAUAUAAUUGAUUUGACAUGGAAACGAUGAAUAUUCAAAGUUGUUUUGUCGUCAUUUGGUUGGUGCUCGCCUGCUUGUUUUGUUCCAGUAUGUCUGCGUCCUCUUGGAGAGGGGAAAUUGUACAUUUAAUUUAAAAAAAAAACAUUCCCUCUAUUUAUUGGACAACAACAUUUGCCACCCCUUUUUCUUCAAAAAAACAAAACAGGGCUUUCCCCUCAUUUUCAUGCUGUCCUUUGAUGAUAGUUUUGGUCCCCCCCCCACCUCUGAUGUAUAUGAAAAGAUCUAACGCCACAUUUUCCUGUAGACUAAAGACGCACUGCUCACGUAGAAUUUGUAUGAUUAUCCUUUUUUUGGGGGGCAGGGUGGGGGGGAGGGGCUUUUAGAUGGAAUUUCAUUGAUUUUAUUCUAUAAUCUGAGGAUGACGAUGGGAUAGAUGGUGCUAAAAAUUGUCUGUUUGUUUUCAUCAGAAUUCUAUUUUUCCUGUUGCAAUAUGACCAUUUUCCUUCUUUGUGCUCAUCUAUUUAUAAAUGCACUGUGUAGAAAGUUCGUACACACACACACACAUACACACACACACACACACACACAUGCACCAAACUGAGCCAGACUUGUCUUAAAACACUUUGUGAACUUGUGUGACAUUAUUCUGACUAUUAAUAAAACCGAGACAAAUUGUA